UAAAAAGCCGUUUCUAUAUAUCGCUAUUCUCAAGACAUUAUUUACAUCAACGUGGAUGCUGGUUGCUUCCCAUUUUUCGGAAUGCAUAAGUUGAAAAACGGACUUAAGAAUUGUGAAGCUAAAUUAUUUUGUCCUGAAUCCAAAAAAAAAUGAAAAAUCAUUGUUUUUCGUCGCGGAGCAACUAGCAUUAGUACAGAAUGAUACUAAUAAUAAUAAAAAUAGCACCAGGAGCGCAAAUGUGUAUAUCAACUUUGUGUCACCGUUAGCGUGUAAAUAUACAAUUAUAUAUUCGUACAAUCGUAAGGUUGGGCCAUUUGCCAUAUUCACCUGUCACCAUUGUUAACGAUCAUUGUCAUAUUCGAACUCUUUUUGCAAAAAGCGCAAAUGCUAUCGCUUCAUUUGUGAGUGAUAUGCGAAACACACAACUCUUGGGUACUAUACAUUCAGAUUGUGCGUUUAAAUCUAUGCGUCAAUCGAAUAGAGAGAAUUUAAAUGCGAUAUCAAUAUGGAAACGAUAUUGAUCUACACGAAAAUGACUCUAGAUUCUAAACUGUGCAAAGUGGCUAACACAAACUGGUUAAGCCGAGAGAAUGGAAAUGUUUGCAAUUUGAAUGAUAAUAUUGAUAACCUUUCGAAUGAAUCUUUGCUUUCCACCAGAGAAGGCAAAGAGCAAUAACUAUUGAAUAUUUAUAAGAGACAAGAUAUUAAAAUAUAUGUUUGAAAACAAUGUUAGGCUGAAUUACUUCCCAAUAUCUACUGUGCAUUUGGAAUUGGAAUUUGUUAUAAAUAUUGAUUGAUUAACACACAGAGAAGAUGCUCAUUAAUUCUACUCCUUCUAGAAUUGAUGAGUUUUCUUUAUUAGACCAGAUGAAAAUUUAUCACUGAACCGAAGCUCCGCUCACUAAGCUUAAUAUUUACAGCGUUGUGAAUGUUAUAAAUGGUGAAUAAGUUGAACGAGCCCCUUCAUCUCAAUUUAAAUAACAAUAAUGCGGGCAGGCACUUGUCACAGUUCCAAUCCGACCAAUUAGUUACAUUAUAAUUAUAAUUGUAACGACCGACUGAAAGUCGCGAGACGCAGAAUCAAGUGAAAUGACUAUAAAUUAUAAUUAUGCCACAGAAUUUCGACAGAUUUACAUAAAGCAGGGAAAAAAGACGUGGAUUUAAUGCAAAUGGCUUGAGCGUCGGCAUAAGAGACAUUAUUUGUACAUCGUGCAGUGUUUUUUUUCGAUCCGUCUCACUAAAACAAAGCCAUACAGAAGCUAAUUUGACAUUUCACAAUCACAUAAGGCGUAUCAACGCGUACCGUAAGAUAUCUGCAGUAUGCAGUAAUGUGUCUAUAUUUGUUUUUUUUUUCUGUUUUCAAUUUCGAAAUACAAAAACAUCAUAAGACGAUACUUAAAAUGCAAGCAAUUACCAAAUAAAUAAGUAAACACAUGACGAACUGCAGGAAUACAAUGAUUGAUCAGAUGUGUUCUUAUUUUAUGAUUUUUCUAACGCAAAUAUUCAAUGUGUUUUUUUAGCAGAGGAUGAAUGCAUUUGCUCGAUAUGCAUGAAUCGAAAUUGCGAUUAAUCAUGUUAAACGGAUCAUUUUCUACUUUAUUAUGAUAAAAAUUGAAGUCAUUUUGCUCUGAUUUGGUUUGCAAAUUGUAGAUUUUGCAAUUCAAAUUGUGAACGUUCGGCCAGCGAAUAUUUCUGUUAUUUUCGUCUGCUAUUUUAGUUCAACGUCAGUCUCUCCGGUGAUUUCAUUGUAAACACAUAUUUUUUCACGAAUGAACAAACAAAAACAUUGUCGGUAUUUUCCAAUGCAAAGAGCCGAAUUUUGAAUGCAAAAUCAAUAAAAUGAAUAUUCAGCUGAAUCCAUAGACUACAUUAGCUCGCGUCUCUCGCUUCAUGCACUGUGGCCCAAGCUUUGUUUCAUGUUUUGAACAAUGCACGCGUAAACAACUUUCAAUCAUUGCCCAAAAAAGACGACGACAACAACAACACAACGCUGUGAUAUCAGUAUAUAUGAAAAGAAUAGAAGACUAAAGACAAUUGUUAGUAUACACAAUAGCAAACGCUAAAUGUUGACCAUCCAUAGUACCGUUUCUAUGGUUCUCUCUGUCUUUCUCGGUGUCACAGUGUUUGUAAUUUUUUGUAUAGAAAAAAAAGUAAUAAUAAUAUGUAUGUACGCCAGUCAACGAUUUCGGCUUUGAGUCGGCUGUUCAACUGUCGCACCGUUGUUUGAGCAGUGAGUGAGAGAGCCAACUCGAAUUCGCGUCGUCACCAACAUUGGCUCUAGUCUCGAAAGUGUAGUGAUCGAGUUCGAUUGUGUUUUGCAGAUCGUAGAUUUUGCUACAAGAAAUUAUCGCUAUUUUUGUGAAUAAAAAAAAAUAAACGAAACAGUGUUCACAUUCGUUCCGAUUCAAAUGAUCAACAGUUUGAGUGAUGUAUUUUGGUUGAGCCCAAAUAAUUUGUAUUUCUAUAAUUAAGAAAAAACGUUGUUUCGAGCGUUUUCUAUGAAAACGUUGUAUUUGGCGAGAAUAAAACUGUCAUCAUUCAAAUGUUAUGAAUUUGGUUAGAGCAACGCAGAAAUAUUUUCGUUUUGUGACAACAGCAAAAAGAGAAACAUAUUCAGUUCGUUUUCGCUAGCAACAUUUUGUAUCUGUUUCAAAGUGCCACGAUGUAAACGCCAAAUUUGUGAAAGUUGAAAUUAUCAAUUUAUUCUGCAUUUUCGGAAACUGAAAUCACUCGGAAAUUGCGUUUUUGCUGCGAGUAUUUUUGUGUUACCAAUACUGUGGGAUAAGUUGCAUUUGCCGAUAAUAACAAUUUGGGGAAGAAUAUUUGAAUAGAUACACGAAGUAACAGUUUUACAGUCCAUUUGUCACGACUCGUUAUACAGUGCAGCUCGGUACAUCAACUAUUCAAUAAUCUCAAACGAUAAAAAUAAUUCGGUGUUUUGUUUGUGGAAUCGCCGAACAAAGUCAAGCCCGCAAAACGUGCAUUGAACAUUAAGAAACCCAAAAAAGGAAUAUUCGACGGAAUAUUUGCGCACUUGAACAAUUGCUUUUUCCAGAACUAAGCCGGAUCAACGAGAAUUCAUCGCAUAGUAUUACAAUGUCAUCGUUAAAGAAAAGUUCGAAGCCAUCGAAAGUCGCUCGAGUGGCAAAGUACUUAAAGACGAAGGUGAGAGAUUUUAACUAGAUUUCGUCACCGGAUUGACUUUAUUUUCGUCCAUAUUCAUUUCUGUCCCCCCGCGCUCACAAGUUUUUCUUUCACAUUUCGGUCAUUCAACACAACUUAAACGCAACUGCAAAAGAAGACAAAAAAAAUGCAAAAAAUAGAUUGAAAGAAAAAACAGGUUCCUUUCAAUUCAAUUCCUGGCGGCAGUCGUUCGUGCCAUUCCAAAAUUGUAAUCUUAUUACCAUUUCAACUUCAAUCAAUGAACAACAUCGCCAAUUGUUUAUCUUAUUGCAAUCAUUAUUCUGUGGCAAUUUUGUGUUUUUGCUGUGCUUUUGUGCAUAUGUUAUUUGAACGUGGACAGUGUCAAUUGAUGUUUUGCAAAUAAUUUGAAUAUUCGUUCUGAUGUUAUUUUUUUAUUUGAUCAUCAUGCAUUGCCAAUCAACGGCAGCAAUAUUUGAGCGAAGGAUGAAAGAAUUUGCACACACAGAGCAAAUCAACAACACAAAUUUAAAAAUAGUUUUGAAAUCUGGCCAAUAGCCUUUGGGCUCCUACAAACAGGGUUGAUUCAAAUUCGUGUCGUUAUUUCAGUCUGAGCAAUCAGUCUGAAAGCAAUGAUAACUGAACACGAUCUAAAACGAUUUGAAAAUUGCAGCUUCACGACGAAGUCUUUUAUCAAGAUACGACUACACUUUAGUUACCGUCAUUUCAUGCAAAUCAUUCGUGGCAAAAAAAUUUCUCGCAAUAAAAUCAAAAUAUUUCGGUUUGGCCUGAAUUCAAAUAUCAGAAUGAGUAAUUUUUUUUCUUGUUUUUUUUUUGAGAAAAGAAAACGUACGUGAUGAUUGUCGCGCAACGCAUAGAAAUGAAAUAUGUGUUUUUUAAUUAGAGACCUAUGUGACGUCGUGAAUGUGGCAACAUUCCGGAAAAUAUUGAUAAAUUCGAUUCUUCGGCAUCAAAUAUUGAAGAUUGUUGAAUAUGUGUGUCGAAUUGAUAGGAAGAAGCUAUUAUGGGAAGCAUAGUGACCAAACACAAAUGACUCGAAAACAUAGAAAAGACUGGAUUCGCGCGCCCAAUCAAUCGUUUGUGCCCGACACAACAACCAUCUUUGCCAAUUUUCAUGCAUUGGCUAUUCACUGUAGUCAGCAAUUCAGCAAAUGAACCAAAUUGAAAAGUAUUUUUAAACGUAUUUUAAUCGAUAUACGUCACUUUUAUUGCACUCGAUUCAUUUAGAUUAAUUAAAAUUGAUUAAAAAUGAAAACAAUCUACACAACUGACGUUAUCGGAUAGCGAAAUGCUGGUAACCGGGUCUCACUUUGCUUCUCGCACUCAGAUCGAAUUGAUAUGGGCGAAAGAAGAUGCCAAAAGUGUUUACAAAAAAUAUAAUUGCAUCUUGUUCGUCGAAAGGCGAAUGGCUUUGAAAUUGAUUGAACAAUAUUUUACUCAUUCGAUUUCUUUAUUUGCUUCUUUGCAUUCCGAACAGUUAUUUUUACUGACGCAGAAAGAGAUCUUAUAUGUAUGUAUAUAUAAAAGGCGUUUUGAUUCCCCCAGCAAAAUGUUACAAAAUAUGUCACUAAAGCGAACAAAAAUGUUACGUGUAUACCAUCAAGAAUGACUGUUUCGAACAUAUGAGUUUGGAAUUGAAAUGACUUUAAAUGAACAAGAGCUGAAUGUUGGACUGAAUAUUUUUGGCAAAUAUUUUUUCUAAGGUCAACACAACAAUCACUUUGAUAGUUCGCUUGCAUACCGAUCGAAAUAUAUAUUUCCGUAUUGUUACUAAACAUCUUCAGGUUACUGGUUUUUGUUUGGGUCACAAGCUGCAAUGAAAACAAUAAUAAACCAAAUCUUAUAUAUUUUAUUACCAAACAAAACAUAGCACAUGCUAACGGGCCUCGUCAAUGAGCAUUUUCAUUCUCCUCGUUCUCACACUCGAGACUUUUUUCUAUGUUAUCUACUCGAAACACACAAACCGGUUACCAAUUUGUCCAAAACAAAACCACACGUUUUUUUCGCAAUCUUUAUCGAUAAACACUCGAGUGCGCUUCAGCGUCGGAUCGUUUGACAAAAACAUACAGGUGAAGGUGGUAAAGUGAAAAAUGCUAUUUUAAACUGAUUUCAAUCAUGUGAUUUAUGCCUGUUGACAUUAUCUUUUGUUUGUGUUGUUGUUUUGAUGUUUAAAUUGCAAAAAGAUACAGCUGAUGCUUUGGCCGAACAGUGCACACUAAUUCGUCUCGUGCCCACUUCCAUUGGAUUCACCCUUCAAAUUAAAUCCAAAAAAGUCGGUGCACAAAUAAAAGUCAAAUUCAAUGAUAAUAAAGUGGUUAUCGUUGACUGCUUUGUGCACAUGGUUUACCCGUUUGAAUAAAGAAACAUCUCUCACGGAUUAAUCAAAUUUUUCCAUCGAAUGGAAUACACACGUCAAGUUUAUGUGUCUCACCGUAUUUGCAAUUUGCAGCAAUUUCAUUUGAUAAAUUUUUAUUCGUCGAUUGAAAAUAUCUGAUAUUUCAUUGGGACUCCAUAAUUGCAACCUAAUUACACACAUUUGUAAUGCAAAAACCAAAUAAAGUGUGAAUGUAUCAAAAUGAAUUUCACUAUGAAUCGCUGACUCUUCUAGAAUAUCUUGAGUUUCAUUGGUGACUUGACCUAUGUUUCGGUUCCGAAAUGAACUCAUUCAGUUCCGCAAUUUAUUGAAUAGCGAAAAAAACCAUUGAGAUACUAUCGUAAAAAGAGCAAGUUUUAUAAUUGGAAUGGCCUUCGGCCGAUUAGAAAACAAGUUUCAGCGUAAUUUUAUGCAUUAUUUUAUAGACGUAAACAUUUUUUGCGUUAAGAGAGAGAGAACGAUUCGCUGCAUAUUUAGUUGUCUCUGAUUGAAAUGUAGGCGCGUGCUAUAAUAACUAUUCAACAUUUGAUAGCUGCACAUAAUUCAGACAAAUCAUGUCUUUUCUUCUCAACUUUAUUAUCGCUCUCAUCACCAAUAAGUCGAUUUUUUUUGCGUAAGAAAGCUGCAAAAAUCAAAGUUGAUUCGCAUUUUGUGCAUAAAGCCAAUAUCAUAAACAUCAUUUCCAAAUGCUAAUUUGACAAUGUGAUAUAGUCACAUUCAAAUACUAGUUAUUUCUGGAUUAUGAUAAAAAACAAAACAAAGUUAAAAAGAACCCAAUCAAGUUGGGAAUCUCUGACAUGCUGUUCUAGGCCGAGGGUAGAAGAUACGCGGCAUUUUUGGGAUAAAGAUUUAGCCACGCGGAUGAGUAAACAAAUUGUUUUUGUUUAUAAUCGUCUAAUUUUCAUAUGAGAAACCAUGAACAAAUUAUAAUGACAAAAAAAAUGAAACGAAUCAGCUAGAGAACAAAACGUUUGCACUGACAUACAAGACGUAAAUCGCAUUAAAACUCUGAAUUUAGUUUUUGUUGAGUUGAGGUCUGUCAGGAAAAAAACAACAACUAAGAAUAAAAUCAUAUCAAUUCAGAUUGCGGUCGAAGUAAAAACAAAAUUUUGAGCCGAUAUUCAUGUUUACUGUUGUGGAUGCAAAUCUUCGUUGCUAAAUUAAAACAUACACAGAAGAGCGCGCAACCAUCAAUAUGAACACGAUUGCUUCGUGGCAUUCUGUAUGGUUGAAAAAUAUAAAUAAUGUGAAUACGCGUAACGGCAGUUCGGCGGUGACGGCUCUGUACUUAACAUUUCACUUCAUUUACCAAACUCCCGUACUGCAAACGUACACACAUCGCGUAUACACCGAUACUGAUAUAGCCAGCGAACCAGUUCGCAUUUGUGUUUGCGUUAAGCGAAUAAAAAAUUGUUGCGUUCGCUGUCAGUCUGUGUAUUGCUGUGAAACGUCAUACACACAUAUUUCUUCCGCAUGCCUAGAAUAAUGGGCGAAUUCCCUUUAUAUAAUAGCUAUGAUGUUUAGAACAUCAUUUCUUCAGUCUUAAUUCGAUUUCGCUGCCUUCCGGUUAAAUCAUCAAAGAACAAAAAAGCAUAUCGAUAGAACAGAUCAUAUACCAUGUAUGGAUAGUGAAUUGAAAUAGCGUCCGACAUACAUAAUAAAAAAAGAACAGUGUUGUAGUAACGAGAAGGAAAAAUCAUGUGGUUUUUUAUAGCAGUAAUUGGUAUGAUUGUUGCAUACGUUUCCGGACGAAAAUGGGGCAAUCAACUGUAUAACUAUUAUCGACCGCGACUCAUGCCUUACAUCCGACGAAAAUAUCGGCCUGUUGUCGGCUCGUCAUUGCAAAGUGUCGAAACCGAUGCAUCCAUCAAUGCAAAGAAGAAAUUCGAUCUCGAAUCGGUGCUGUCUAUGAGCACAGAUGACUACCGCAAAGCAUCUUUGUUUGCAACCGGAUCAUUUGACCAAGAUUUCCCACUACCCGACCUUAUUGGCAACACGGAAAUUUUGACUGAAGAGCACAGAGAAAAGCUUUGUGGACACCUACCGGCGCGAGCAGAAGGCUAUUCUUGGUCGUUGGUGUUCAGUACUUCACAGAAUGGAUUUUCAUUAAACUCUCUCUAUAGGAAAUUGGCGAGAAUAGAAAGUCCUAUCUUAAUAGUAAUUCAGGAUACAGAAAAUAAUGUAUUUGGUGCUUUGACAUCGUGUUCGCUCCAUGUUUCGGAACUAUUCUACGGAACUGGUGAAUCGCUGUUAUUCAAAUUCAAUCCAAGUUUCAAAGUGUUUCAUUGGACUGGUGAGAAUUUGUACUUCAUCAAGGGCAAUCCAGAAAGUUUGUCCAUUGGAGCUGGAGACGGCAAAUUCGGUUUAUGGUUAGAUGGCGACUUGAACCAGGGACGAUCACAGCGAUGCAGCACAUACGCCAACGAGCCACUCGCACCUCAAGAGGACUUUGUUGUGAAAACACUUGAAUGUUGGGCAUUUGUUUAAAGUAAUUUACACCACUAAUUUUUUUGAACUUAGACGAAAGAAACAGAAUUAAAUCGCUUCGAUCGCUUUUCGAUAACCCAUUUUCGGCAGCGAGAGAAGAUAUCAUUCGCGUUUGUUAUGCUUCGUAGAUAACACAAUUUCAGUUAUUUUAAUUGGAAGUACUAUUUGUAAAAAUAUGUGUUUAAGUAGUUUGUCUGUACGCCAGGAAAGCAGUAGCUAAAACCAACAAUACCAACAAUAACAACAAUAAUAACAACAAAUCAAUCAAACUCAGCAAUUUAGCAUGUGACAGUCAAACAGCAACAAUACAAUCUUCGUAAAGAACAUCAUGUUUUAUAAAUUCAUGAUUCAGGCUUGCGAUCAAAUGCUUAUGAGAAAAUAUGCUUGAUUCAGAAUCGAAUUGCAGUUAAAUAAAACGAGGCAACAAUUGUUCGCAACCGAUAAAUUCACCUAUUUACGAAUUGUUGAAACAAAACAAACUAAUUAAUGCCUGAAUGAAAUAAUUGAAAAAAUUGUGUGUUUUUCGUUUGUUAUUUAUUUAUACAUAUAUCUAUAUAAACAUAUUGUAUCUCUAGUGAAUAUUAUUAUUAAAUGAAGAAAAGAGCAAAAACCAAUUAUUAUGUUAUAAGCUAUGUGUGAAAAAUAAAUCACAAGAUGUGACAUUAUUGUAGAAUAAAAAGCGGCGACAGUGGCAUGAGGAUAUUGAAGUGAAAGAUGCAGAAGAAAGAGGCCAAAAUGAAAUGACAAUGUGGAUUUUUGGGAUUAUUUUUUUACGAAAAGUGGUAUUCAGUGAAUGAAUGAUGCGGGCUGCUAGUGCCGAAUUUAUGUAUAUCAACCACAGUGAAAUGCGAAGAACAUGAAAACCAAACAUCAUAGAUUUUCAUGCGAAUUUGCAACCAAUUUAGAAACAAUUUGAAUAUAUUGCUAUAAAAAAACAAUACAAAACAAAAUAAAAA